AUGGUCGGGCUCAGUGCCAACGGGAUCAAGCUCCUAAUAUGGAUAGUAGUAUUCACCGUCCUGACCACCCUGGUGCUCGCCCUGCGAUUCUGGGCCAUCCGCCUCAAGCGCCGCUCCUUGAAACUGCACGAUUAUUUGGUCCUCCUCGCAUAUAUCAGCACCUGCUGCAUGGCCGGUCUAACCUGGUGGGCCAUUGCCAACGGUCUAGGCGCACAUACUGAGGAUCUCUCGACGUACGAACGGGGCGUGCAGUUUCAGUUAAUAGUAGGCAGCAGCGUAACCUGGCUCGUCGGCACCGUGGCAUGCAAACUAUCCAUGAUAUCCCUCUACAAUACCCUGUUCCCCUCUCGACGCUUCACAUGGGCCAUCUGGGCCGUGACCGUCCUGGUGAUCGCCUACUUCAUCGCCUUCAUAUGUAUCUUCCUGACGCAAUGCCAUCCGGUCUCCUACGGCUGGCAUCCUGUUGAAGGAGGGAGCUGUCGCUCGCUCUUCAUCCAGGAAAUUCUCUCCAUCACCCUCAACAUGGUCAUCGAUACGUUGAUCGCCGUGUUACCGAUCCCUGCUCUCUGGAGAUUGAAAAUGGCUAUUCGGAAUAAGAUUACUAUUAGUGUCAUGUUUGCGAUGGGCUUGAUUGUGGUAGCCGUCAUGGCCUUCCGGCUCGAAAUCACCCUCAACCCAGCCACCAACGCCGAUUUCGUCCAAGGUCUCUACCUCGUCGGAUUAGUAAGUUUCCUCGAACUCUGGUUGAGCAUCAUCGUGGUGAGUCUUCCAACCCUGGCACCACUAUUCCGGAUGUAUGUCGAGCCGGUGCUUGUACGAGUUUUGGGAUCCAAAGGGACCGGGAGUAACCAACCGCGGCGGCUACGGGAAGCGCAGCAUACCAUUGGAAGUGAUCCGCCCAGUCGGAGGAAGUACGCCAUGCAGGAUAGUUUUUUAGAAGAGGGGUAUGAGUUCGGGAUGGUGGGGCCGGAAACGAGGGUGAAAGUUUGUGGAGAGGGCGGGGCAGGAGAGAAUAGUCAGGAUUCGUUGGCCGAGUUGGUGGGGAAGGGAAUCAGUGUUCGGCAUGACAUUCAGAUUGAGAGGGAGGGAUAG